AAUACUGAGUGAACUAAGAAGUGACUUGGAAGACUAACUAAUCGAAAUUGUAGAAAAAAAUGAAACUAUCAGGGGUGAAUUUUUUAUUAUUCGUAGCAACAAUUAUUCCGUCGGAAUCCUAUAGAAUACUAGGGAUAUUUCCAUUUCAAUCGAGGAGUCAUCAGAUGAUGUUUGACACUAUCAUAAAAGGAUUGUUGCGGAAAGGCCAUCAGGUUGAUGUGAUGACUCUGUAUCCUCUCAAAAAUCCACCGAAAAAUUACAGUGUCGUAGUUAACUUAGAAGGAGUUACAGAAAGUUAUGUUAAUAAAUGGGAUGUUGAAAAGGCCAUGAAUCAUGGUCCAGGAUUGCCAAUUAUUGCUGACGUAUGCGGAAAUAAAGUCUGCGAGUUUUUAGGUCUUCCCGAUAUGCAAAAGAUUAUAAAAAAUCCGCCUAAUGACCCACCUUAUGAUCUUAUUGUUAUGGAAUCAUUUGGAGCGAAUUGUUAUCUUGGUCUGAGUUAUAUUUUAAAAGUACCAGUUGUGAUGGCAAGUUCAACAAUUGAUUUGCCAUGGUUGGACCAAACAUUAGGUCAGCCAGAAUAUACAGCCUUUCGUCCAACGUGGUUCAGUGAUUACUUUUAUCCAAUGACACUUGCUCAGCGUUUCUACAAUACAAUCCAAAGCCAUGUUGACAAUGCACGUUUCCGCUAUUAUACUGAUGAAGUACAAAAUUCACUAAUGAGAAAAUACAUAAGCCCAGAUAUUCCACCGUUACACGAAUUGGAAAAAAAUGUCGUGUUAGCACUAGUGAAUUCUUUUCACAGUUUAACUGGAGUUAGACCACUAACACCUGGUUUAAUAGAAGUUGGUGGGUUGCAUGUACAAGAACAUUAUAAGGCUAUGUCACAGGAUCUUGAAAAAUGGAUGAAUGAAAGUACUGCAGGAGUCAUUUAUUUUACACUGGGUUCAAUGGUUAAUAUUGAAACGUUUCCUGAAAAGACAAUGCGGGCAUUUUAUUCAGUAUUUAGUAAAUUUUCACCAGUCAGAGUCCUCAUGAAAGUAGGGAACAAAGAUAAAUUACUUCCUGGGUUACCUGAUAAUGUUAGAAUAUCGUCUUGGAUCCCUCAAGUUGCUGUAUUAGCUCAUAAAAAUACUGUAACAUUUAUUACACACAGUGGUCUAAUGGGUUCUUUAGAAGCACUUACUUAUGGAGUCCCAAUGAUAGGAAUACCUCUAUUCGGUGAUCAAACUGCUAACAUUGAUUUCUUUGUAAAACGAAAUAUGGCUGUAGUCUUAGAUUUCAAAAAUCUUACUGAACAAUCUAUUUAUGUUGCCCUUGAUCAAAUACUCAACAAUCCAAAGUUCAAAAAAGCUGCUAAAUACGAGUCAGCUCGAUUUCUCGAUCGUCCUAUGAAUGCAGUGGAUACAGCAGUUUAUUGGGUUGAGUAUGCAGUGAGAAAUGGUGUUGGCGCCUUGAGAUCACCGAUCGUAGAUAUGUCAUGGUGGCAAGUCGCUUUGCUUGAUGUCUAUUUUCUAAUACUUAUCUCUUUAAUCGUUAUCACGUGUUUAAUUAUUUCAAUUUUAUAUAUUUUGCUGUCUUAUUUAUUUUCUAAACUAAAUAUGAAUUUACGUAAAAAAAAAUUACAAAUUACGUUUUUACAAUCAAGUACUCAAGGUUUUCGUAAAAAAAUAAAAACUGUCUUAAAUGCAUGUUCGAAAAGUUGUGAAUGGAUAAUUAUUGCACCUUUUAGAACAGCAAUCAAAAUCAGAAAAACACUGUAA